GGCAAGGAGCUUACUAUGGCAGCAGUCAUAAAGAUAUUUGGUUCUUCUACUGCCCACUACAUGACAAUAGGAGCUGGAUUGCAUGUAGAUGUGUCUGAUCUGAAGCCAAUACCAGGAAUAGCAGAUACCAAUCUUAAUUUGGUAUUCCAGAGGUGGUUUGAUGCUGAUAGAGAUGUCAAUUGGGAUACAUUAAUAAAACUUUGUGAUGACUUUCGUGAUCAACUGGGCAAAGCAAAAUCUAACCUUCUGGCAUAUAUAGGAGGUUUGGCCGAGAGCCAUGAGACUGGGACAAAACAAGAAAGUAAAAAGAUUGAUCCCAAAGAACCACUUGAAAGUGCAGCAGCUGGUAAAGACAAGAGUAAAAGUGAUGAUCAAAAGUCUGAUCCACCUCCAGAUGUCAGCAAAUAUUGCCCAAAACUGGAUGAUAUUGAGGAAAAAAUUUUGACAAAAAAAUUCUCAAAGCUGACCGGAGAAGAGAAAGAGUUCAUAAAAAAAGUCCGUUACAUUCUGGUGACCGCCACACCUAUAGAAUACCGUGCUGUGAUGGGUUCAAUUAAACCUACUGGAGAUGAUGGACAAUAUAUUAAAGUUAUCACUAAAGAUCGAUCAGCAAAUUUUAUCCUGGGGAAGUACGAGUCAUGCAAUGUUGCAAUAACUAGGACAGGCCAGGAGCCAAAUGAGACUGAAGAUAUUCUUGUUUCAGUACAAAAAGACGUGGAGGCUAAGUAUGUCAUUGCUAUUGGGAUAUGCUAUGGAGCAAAGGAGAGCAAAACUGACGAACUUGAUGAUAAAACAAAAUUAGGUGACAUUAUUGUUGCCAAAAGUAUCAUUGACACUGAACAGCAGCGUAUUGAAGGAAAAGAUAGAAGCACUAUACCUACCGAGUACCACUGUGGAACAAAUCUUUUUAAUUUGUUUAAACACAGCGAAGUUUUUAAAAUUGAAAAAAAAACAGUUAAAGUUCAUCAUCAAGGUUCUCUGGCCUCCGAAUUCACACUGUUUCGUAGCAAAGAAGCAAAAGAAGAGAAGUUGAAAUAUGUCCAAAAAGCACUUGGAGGAGAAAUGGAAGCAAAAGGUAUUUAUAGGGCUGCCAAGAGAGGAGGAGGAUUUGAAUGGAUUGUAAUAAAAGCUAUCGUCGACUGGGGAACAGAAGAAAAAGACAAAAUGUGGCAACCGUUUGGAGCUGUCUCAUGUGCAAGAUUUGUCCUACAGUGCUUGGAUGACGAGGAUGAACCAUAAGUAUUAAGCUAAUACUGCUUAUUAAUCUAAACUAGUUUGAUAUUGACAUAAUUAUUAAUUACUUGUACCUUUUAGAUCUUUCUUUUACUAGUGAUAAACAUUAAUUUUCUGAUGUGAAUACUUA